AUGGAGCUGACCACAUUACUGGUUGCCGCUAUCGUCUUUCUGAUCGCCUUUUUCUGGCUGCGCCGACAAGGUCCACGCGUGCCUCCCAGCCCGUUGCGACCACUGCCCAUCGUUGGUCAUCUCUUCUACAUGGCCAGCGACUGCAGGUCUCAGUUUCUGGAGUGGCGAGAGCGUUGUGGGGACAUAUAUAGCCUGUACCUAGGAGGAACUCUGGUGGUGGUACUUAACGGCUUCGACCUGAUCAAGGAGGUCCUGGUCAAGAAGGCAGACAUCUUCUCUGACAGGCCGUCAUAUUUUGCUAACGAGUCAGUUGGAAUGAAUGACAAAGGCGUCAUUUUCUCAAAUGGGGCAAACUGGAAGGAGCAGAGAUCAGUGGGCUUGUCCAUCCUCAGGGCUUUUGGAAUGGGCAAAAAUCUUUUAGCAGAAAAGAUACAGGAUGAGGUAGCUUGUUAUAUCAAGUAUUUGGCAAGUCUCAGUGGGAAACCCGCUGACAUCCGGGUUAUGACUAAUAUUAGCACAGCCAACAUUAUUUGUUCCAUUUUGAUUGGUCACAGAUUUGAAUACGAUGACAAGGAGUUUCAGGAACUGAUGCACAAACUGACUUCUCUUGUCAACGAUCAACAAAAUACCAGCGUUGUAAACUUUUUCUAUUGGUUGAAGUUUUUACCAGGAGAUCUUUUCAUGGCUAAGAGAAUAGAAAGGAACAUGAGGGCAAUCAUGUCCUUGUUGAUGCAGUUUAUUGAAGAAAAGUCACGGCAUGUAGAUAAUGCCGACGAUGUGUGUAACCUCAUUGAUGCUUAUCUCAUUGAAAGAAAUAAGAAAAUUCAAUCCGGUGAACCUACUUCACUUGAUGAUCAGAACUUACUGAAAAUCAUGAUGGAUCUUUUUGCAGCAGGAACUGAGACUACAAGCACGACCAUCUAUUGGUGUAUUCUGUACAUGCUGAGACAUCCAGACGUGCAGGAAAAAGUGUACCAGGAAAUCAAAGAUAAGGUGGGAACAGAUCGGGCGCCAACCAUACAGGACAAGACACAGCUGGUCUACCUGAACGCAGUUAUCAUGGAAGCUCAACGUCUGGCCAGUAUUGUCCCCCUUUCCCUAACUCACAUCUGCUCGGAAGAAGUUACUCUAAACGGGUACACAAUUCCGAAAGGAACGUAUAUCCUUCCAAAUCUAGACACAGCCCUACACGACAAGGCCACAUGGGGUGAGGACGCAUCCAGCUUCAGACCUGAACGUUUCAUUGACGACCACGGCAAGCUGCAGAUCCCUGAACAAUUCAUCCCCUUUGGUAUUGGACGUCGUGUGUGUCUGGGCGAGGCUAUUGCCAAGAUGGAACUGUUUCUGUUUCUGGCGACCAUGUUCCAGAGGUUCCACUUCUUGCCAGCUGCUUCAUGUUUGAACCAGCCGAUCAAGUGUGACUGCGGCAUUGUUAUUGCCCCUAAGCCGUACAAAGUAAAGGCAAUUGAAAGAAGAUAG